AUGAGAUUAGACAAAGGAGGAGCUAGAGUUACUGGUCAAAUCACAUGUAGAGGAGGAGGAGGAGAAAAGAAACCCAUUUCUGUUACUAUUAUCGAUUCUGGUGAUGGUACUUACACUGUCUCUUUUAUUCCUCAACAAUAUGGGCAACAGAAAAUUUCCAUUUUGCUUAAUGAUAUGCCAAUCAGAAAUAGUCCAUUUAAUCUGUACAUCAGCCGAGACUAUACGUCUACUCUAAAGGUGCCAUUAUUCACUAUACCGGAUAUACCUUCACCUUAUUUCAUAGCAGUAGCAGAUGAUGGAGAUGUAUUUGUUACUAGCAACACACACCAUUGUGUCUAUGUAUUUAAUAGUAAUGGAGAGUACCAGAGAGCUAUAGGAUCAAAGGGGAAAGGUCAGUUACAAUUCCAGCAACCUGCAGGCAUAGCAAUCAGUGGCAAUACAGUCUAUGUAGCUGAGAAUAAUGGCAAUAGAAUACACAAGUUUACUAGGAAAGGAGAAUUUAUUGAUACAUUUGGCUGUGAAGGCUCAGGGAAAGGGCAACUUAAAUAUCCAUGGGGCUUAUGCAUAGACAAUAAUAAGAAACUGUAUGUUACUGAGUAUGGUAAUGGCCGAAUUCAAGUCUUUCAUCAAAAUGGCAGUCACUCUCACUUCAUCCUGGGUACCAUAAAUGGAGAGCACAAGUUUAAGCAACCAGAAGAUGUGGCCAUUGAUUUGAAUGGUCACCUUCAUAUUACUGGCCACAGUUCAAACAAUGUUGCUGUAUUUACACUGGAUGGAAUAUUUAUAAAUAGCUAUCCUAUUAAACAUGGACCAUGUGGAAUAGCUUUUGAUCCAGCUGGUUAUUCUAUUAUUAGUAUGAAUGCGGGGCCAUCAAAAAUUGGUGUAUUUGAUUCAUCUUACCAUUCAGUUGUGUCAACUGAUAGGAAUUUGCGUAGUUUGAGAGGGAUAGUAGUUGCUUUUGAUGGAUCAAUAUGGGUUGCUGAAGAUGGAAAGAACAGACUUUUAAUCUUUUAA